AUGGCUCUACCGGCCUGCAAUCUGCUCAAAGGCAAAACAGCUGCCAUCACCGGCGGCACCACAGGAAUCGGCCGCGCGAUCGCAUUGGCAUACAUCACCCAAGGCUGCAAUGUCGCGGUCAACCAUCUCGGCCUCCCCCAAGAUGAAGAGCAUCGGCACAGUCUGCUCGAUGAAGUUAAAUCCAUCCAACAAAGCGGAAUCGCAGCUGGCAAUAUCCUCGAGAUUCCUGGUGAUGUGACCGCCCCGGAAACCAGCAUUAACCUUGUCAAGGAAGCCGUCUCUCAAUGGGGCAAGCUGGAUAUUUUCGUUGCCAAUGCUGGUGUGUUCAAGCAAGCUGAAUUCCUCCAAAUUGAAUCCUCUCUCCUCGAUCACAGCGUCGACGUCAACAUCAAAGGCUGCUUCUACUCCUGUCAAGCAGCUGCCCGGCAGAUGGUCAAGCAGGGCCACGGUGGCUCCAUCAUCGGUAUCUCUUCCGUCAGCGCGCUGGUUGGUGGAGGCCUUCAGACCCACUAUACUCCCACUAAGGCCGCUGUGCUCUCCAUGAUGCAGUCUAUGGCUAUUUCACUUGGCAAGGAUCGUAUCAGAUGCAAUGCUCUUAUGCCAGGUACCAUUGCGACUCAGUUGGCUGAUCAUGAUAUGAAGAACCCUACUAAGAAGGCUGCACUCGAGGCGCGCAUUCCGCUGGGGCGGAUCGGGAACCCGGACGAUAUGGCUGGUCCAGCGGUGUUCCUGGCUUGCGAGGAGAUGAGUCGAUAUGUCAAUGCCACGGGGUUGUUGGCGGAUGGUGGGAUGUUUAGUAACUUGCAAUAG